AUGUCUGCAGGGGAAGCUGAUCAGCAUGUGGUAUGGAACACUGGAGCACCCCUUUCCUCCCUGACGCACCGCUGCGGCGAUGGUGAUGUCGUAGCAGCGGCCCGACGCGCGCGAAGUGCGUUGGAGCCGUUUCUGGUGUCGCCCAGUGUCGUGCUGGACCCCUCGUCCACCACCACAUCAACAGACGAGAGCGCCGGUCUCACCUCGACGGAUGUGUACCUCGUCGACUCUCCGUACAAUCGGCGUCGCCCUACCAUCGCGUUUGUGCCAUACGACAAGCCGGCGACAGGCGAUGAGCGCCAUCACAGUAACAGGGGAACUGAGGAUGAGAGCAUAUCGAUGCACAUCGAUGUCCUCGUUCAACCAGACAGGCUUCCACUCGGUCCCGCGGACGGCAGAAGCGGAGAAAGCGGCCCGGCAGCCUCCGCGCUCGAUGUUACCCAAUCGCAGCGUCGCGUUAUCCCUCGCGCUUCUGCGGGUCCGUACAGCAGGUUGAGCUACAUCAUGGAUGAGAACUGCACACCCUUCACGGCGCUGCUCGCCACCCUUCGCGUGGCCGGCUUCACCCGCGUCUCCGGCCGCGCGGCGCUGCUUCACAAAACGCACUCGCUUCUCUGGGUAAAGCGCCUACUGCCAAGCAUGGUGAAUCAAGCGCUGCAGCCGCAGACUGGCGCUUAUCGGAAGGUGAACCACUUUCCAGCCACCCACGCCCUCGGCCGAAAGGACAAGCUUUGCCUGCUGCUGAGACGCGCUGGAUUGCGUUGGCAGGCAAGUGGAAAUCUGUCGACAGCGCUGAGCGAUACGUGCGCGAGGAGCGCAGCAGCGACGCGCGCGGCGGUGUGGGCGUCCCUGACCCCUGAGAGCUGGCUUCUUCCACAAGAAGUGGAAGCGUGCGUGCGUGCGAUCCGGCAGCCGCACCCUUCCGCGGCAGCAUCCCCACUCUUUAUCGUGAAGCCGACGAACCUAGCUGGUGGCCAAGGCAUCUUCCUAAUACGCGGCAGCAGUGAGGCGGGGGUUAUGUCGCUGAUGGCCGCUGUCGGCGGGCUUGGCGGCGGCCCCAGCAGCACCUCCCGCAAGGAGCCCGUCACUGGAUCACUCGACUCUAGUGCUGUCGGCUCUACCGCCGUGGCCGCCGCCCCUGCUGCGGAGACGGUGAGAAGCAACUACAUUGUGCAGCGAUACAUGGCAAACCCCUUUUUGCUGGAGGGCAGAAAGUUUGACCUGCGGCUGUACGUUGUCGUGACCUCCUACGAUCCUGUGCGGAUGUACCUCUACCGGGAAGGCCUCGUGCGCAUCGCCUCCUUGCCCUACAUCCGCACCACUGCAACAGCGGCGGCGGCGGUGACAACACUCGCCGAUGUAUCCGACCUGAGAGCGCACUUGACGAACUUCACCCUGAACAAAGGGGCUUCGCUAGUGAUGGCUGGGGAAAGUGACGCAGACGCGGCCACGGCUGGCGCUGCAGCCAACGGAUCGGACACAAAAUGGUCGCUGCGCAGCCUGGAAGUUUAUGUUGCCUCGAUGGGAUAUGACUGGCCCGGUACGCUACAGCGCAUUCACGAGCUGCUCCGGCUUGUGUUUCUCUCAGUCACCCCCGAAGUCCGAGAAGCGUUGCGCGCGUCGUCGGCGACCCGGCUAAAGAGCGCAGCUAGCAACACAGCAGCGUCACUACCGCCUUUGGCUGCCGUGUCGUCGCAUGCCACCACCAAUGGCACAUCGCCUUUCUUCGAGAUAUUUGGUGUGGACGUGCUUCUUCUCACUGACGACAGUGAGGAAAACUUUCCCCAUGACUUGUUAGCCGUGUCGGCAAGUGCCUGCACGUUGCGGCCUGUGCUACUCGAGGUAAACAUUAUGCCCUCUCUCAGCACGCACUACUCGCUCUUUGAUCAGCGCAUCAAAGCAAACUUCAUCGCCGACGCGCUGACGCUGGUGGGCCUGAUGCCGCCACCGCCGCUGCCAAAGGUGGCCUUCUCCACUGCUGGGGUCCAGAACACGACGGGGAGUCAACGGAGCUGUUACAACGACGCCUUCCUAGACGGGUUGUGUGACAGCGACGUACUGAACGUGUGUCUUGCCACGGAAGAGGAGCACCGACGUGCCGACAACUUCACACGCCUCCUGCCGACACGCAACUCUGCCAGUAAGUACAAGGCUUUGAUGGAGGUAGCGGAGGAGAAUGGGACGCCUACAGCGGCGCCGUCCCGCCUCGAUGCAGUACUGAGUUCUUGGCUGGCGUCUUCACCGUGA